UAUGUAAAUAAUUUUGUAACACAACCUUUGCUUUAUAGAGCUGCAUUGGACCGAGCUACUGUGCUGUUGAGUAUGAAAAAAGGUGGAAAGCGUAUAGAAAGCGUAUGGGGGUCAGGUGGCGGACAGCAAUCUGUAAAACAUCUUGUUAAAGAGAUUGAUAUGUUGCUGAAGGAGUACCUACUUUCUGGAGAUGUAUCAGAAGCUGAGCGUUGCCUUCAGGAACUAGAAGUGCCUCAUUUUCACCAUGAACUUGUAUAUGAAGCAAUUGUGAUGGUUUUAGAAUCAACUGGAGAAACAACCUUUAAAAUGAUCCUUGAUUUGUUGAAAUCCCUCUGGACGUCUACUGUCAUUACUCUGGACCAAAUGAAAAGAGGUUAUGAACGAGUUUACCGUGAAAUCCCAGAUAUUAACCUGGAUGUGCCACAUUCAUACUCUAUGCUUGAGCGGUUUGUAGAGGAAUGCUUUCAGGCCGGAAUCAUUUCCAAACCACUGAGAGACCUCUGUCCUUCAAGGUACUUUUCGUAUAAUUAUAAACAGAGCUGGUAUAUUAAGUUUGCCUGACAUUUCCCAUUAUAAGACCCUGUCUUCAGUUGCUUAGA